CAAGCUUUAGAAACAGACUGGGCACUGGUUUGAGAUCAGUUUGCUGUGGUACAACAGGGCGUAGCAGCCAAAAGGGCAGUAUAGAGAGAGAGAGAGAGAGAGAGAGCUUUCACACACCCUUCACUCAAACAACAUUUCCCCACCUCUCUUUUUCUCUACCUCGUUCACUUUUGUGUGCUGGAACAAGGGCAGAGACGCUCCAGACGGAUUUUUACAAAAACAUUAAAUUGCCACAGAAUAUAGUUUUCCUUUCAGCCCAACCAAAAGAAGAGUUGUUUGGUCACAAGGAUUCAUCCGACAAGCAUGACUUCACCUGUGACAGAUUCAUUUCCUCUCCAGGAAUGAGACCUGUAGCACUGACUUCAAGAGGAACCAAAGACAGUAACAAGGACUUUUUAGAGCUCUUUUAGGAAAUGAUGGGCUUGUUGUCACUGGACUGGAAUGGUCUUCUGGUGAUGGUCGCUGUUUUUGGGAUGUACCAGUUUGCAGAAGGCGGAUGCUCAGGAAGGUGCUGUCAAGGUACAGAUUUCACCUGUGUCACUACUGACUGGAGGAUGGACCGUGUCUAUGGGACGUGUUAUUGUGAUGAGAGGUGUUUAAAGACUAAAGACUGCUGCUUUGACUACCCAACAGAGUGUCCAGCUCAGUCGUGUGUAGUGAGUGAGUGGAGUCACUGGAGUGGGUGCGCACAACCCUGCCAGCCCUCAUUCCGGGUCCGGAGACGGAGCGUUCAGAGACUGCCCCAAAACAGCGGACAGGCCUGUCCGAGGCUGGAGGAACAGGCCGGAUGCAUGCAGUAUCAGGACCGCAAGGGACAGUUUUGCACUUCUGUGCAAGGAGCAGCAUUUAUAACAACAAUGGAGUACAGCAAAGGCAGAACACAUGAUUUGUAUGGGGCCCCAGUGGAUGCUGGUUUCUGUAUGGAGUUCAAGAUGGAGUCUCUGACAGCACAGUGCAUGGUGGAGAACAGACCCUACACGCGCUGGAUGCAGUACUUGAGGGAGGGCUACACCGUCUGUGUGGCCUGCCAGCCUCCGGCGAUGAACAACCGCAGUCAGAGCUGCCAAGGAGAUGGUAGCUUAGCUGAGAGGGAUGAGCUUCUACACUGGCAGGCAGUGGGCAGCCCUCGCUGCAGAGGAACAUGGAGGAAAGUACAGAGACUACAACACUGCUCCUGUCCACUUGUGCACAGCUUCAUUUUCAUUUAAACACACCUAAGAUGAUUCUUCACUCCCUUGUUAAAGUCCACAAAUGAACAUUAUAUUACAUAACUCAGAAAACCAAACAAAUCACACUUUCACAUACAUUUAUUAAAAUCUCUUAAAUUUUUACA